CCAAUAUGAAGAUUUUUCGUUUUUCUAGUUAACUACUAGAAUACCCCCACUUGACGAUGGAAUACCCAAAAGGAACGAGUUGAGUUCCGACGACUAUUAUGGUGUGUCCAAAAAGCUAUUGUACGGCGUUUAAUCCCUAAAUUUUCUCCUCCUGCCACGGCUACACCUACGAUGCUCUCCUCCAAGCCACCGCGCCGGAAAAUAGUUCCGGCGAACGGCGAUGACUCCGCCGAUAAACUGGACCAGCUUCUUCUCUCCUCCGCCAUCUGCAACAACGAGGACUUAGGACCCUUCAUCCGCAAAGCCUUUGCUUCCGGCAAGCCGGAGACGCUCCACCACCACCUCCGUCACUUCGCCCGCUCAAAAGAAUCGGAGAUCGAAGAGGUAUGCAAGGCUCACUACCAAGACUUCAUCCUCGCCGUCGACGACCUCCGAUCCCUCCUUUCCGACGUCGAUUCUCUCAAGUCUUCCCUCUUCGACUCUAACUCUAAGCUCCAAUCCGUCGCUCGACCGCUCCUCUCCUCUCUCGACUCCUUCGUCGAAACGCGGAACGUCUCGAAGAACGUGAACCUGGCCAUCGAAUCGGUCCGGACGUGCAUCAAGCUGACGGAGGUUUGCUCCCGAGCGAACCGCCACCUCUCCAACGACAACUUCUACAUGGCGCUGAAGUGCGUGGACACGAUCGAGAGGGAGUACUUGGACAAAACGGCGUCGUCAACGCUGAGGAGGAUGAUGGAGAAGAAGAUUCCAGAGAUUCGUUCGUACAUAGAAAGGAAGGUAAACAAGGAGUUCGGGGACUGGUUGGUGGAGAUCCGAGUGGUGAGUCGCAAUUUAGGGCAAUUGGCCAUCGGUCAAGCCUCGUCGGCGAGGCAGAGAGAAGAGGAUCUCAGAAUCAAGCAGCGCCAAGCGGAGGAGCAGAGUAGGCUGAGCGUUAGGGACUGCAUUUAUGCUUUGGAGGAAGAGGAUGAAGAUGAAAUCGCCGGUGGGAUCGGAGAAGACGGUGGUGGAGUUGCAGGUUUUGAUUUGACUCCGUUGUAUAGGGCUUAUCAUAUUCACCAGACGCUAGGGUUAGAAGAUCGGUUUAAGCAGUAUUAUUUUGAGAAUCGGAAGCUUCAGUUGACUUCGGACUUUCAGGUAUCGUCGAUGACGCCUUUUCUUGAGUCGCAUCAAACAUUCUUUGCGCAAAUUGCGGGGUUCUUUGUGGUGGAGGAUCGUGUGUUGAGGACUGGGGGUGGGUUGAUAUCAAAGAUGGAAGUUGAGAAUCUCUGGGAGAUUGCUGUUAGCAAAAUGUGUUCUGUGUUGGAGGAUCAGUUCUCCAGAAUGCAAACCGCUAAUCACCUUUUACUUAUUAAGGAUUAUGUGAGUCUGUUAGGAGUGACUCUGAGGAGAUAUGGGUACCCCAUUGAUGCCUUGCUUGAUGUUUUGAGUAAACAUAGGGAUAAAUAUCACGAGCUGCUCUUGUCUGACUGUAGGAAGCAGAUAGCGGAGGCUGUUGCUGCCGAUAAGUUUGAGCAGAUGUUGAUGAAGAAGGAGUACGAGUAUUCGAUGAAUGUGCUUUCUUUUCAGAUACAAACAUCGGAUAUCAUACCUGCUUUUCCUUAUGUUGCACCAUUUUCAUCCACCGUGCCUGAUUGUUGUCGCAUUGUGCGGUCCUUCAUUGAGGAUUCUGUGAGUUUCAUGUCAUACGGCGGGCAGCUUGAGUUCUAUGAAGUUGUUAAGAAAUAUUUAGACAGGCUUUUGAGCGAGGUUUUGGAUGAAGCAUUAUCAAAGCUUAUCAAUACAGCGAUUAGUGGUGUUUCCCAGGCAAUGCAAAUGGCAGCAAAUAUGGCUGUACUGGAACGUGCGUGUGAUUUUUUCUUUCGCCAUGCCGCACAGCUUUCGGGGGUUCCCUUGAGACUGGUUGAGAGAAGCAGAAGGCAGUUCCCUCUGAAAAAAGCUCGUGAUGCUGCAGAAGAGAUGCUCUCUGGGUUACUCAAGGCCAAAGUUGAUGGAUUUAUGUCCUUGAUUGAGAAUGUGAACUGGAUGAGUGAUGAAGCGCCUCAGAGUGGAAAUGAAUAUGUAAACGAGGUCAUAAUUUAUUUGGAAAUUUUGUUUUCAACUGCUCAACAGAUAUUGCCAUCUCAAGUCCUUAAAAGAGUUUUACAGGAAGUUUUUGCUCACAUAUCGGAGAAGAUAGUUGGAACUUUAGUUAGUGACUCUGUUAAGAGGUUUAAUGUGAAUGCUAUUACUGGAAUUGAUGUAGACAUCCGGCUUUUAGAAUCAUUUGCUGAUAAUCAGGGUCCCCUUUUCUCUGAUGGGGAUGUUGAUGUGCUGAAAACAUCACUUGCUGAGUCAAGGCAAUUGAUUAAUUUGCUGUUAAGCAAUCAUCCGGAGAACUUCUUGAAUCCAGUAAUCAGGGAGAGGAGUUACAAUACUUUGGACCACAAAAAAGUGAUGAUUAUUUCAGAAAAGUUGAGAGAUCCUUCUGAUAGGCUCUUUGGAACCUUUGGUAGUCGUGGGGCCAGGCAGAAUCCGAAAAGGAAAUCGUUGGAUACAUUGAUAAAAAGACUUAAGGAUGUUAGCUGAUUAAGCUUAUAGCUCUAUGUGAGAUUACUGAAGACACAUUAAUCCACACAUGGAGCUUGAUAAUAUAAAUAUGACGUCAUGUACAAAUACUUGAGCCAAAUUGAAAUAGAAAAGCUCUCAAGCUGUUGAACAUAAUCAAUCCCAUGCUAAUUGAAACCCAAUCUUUGACUGUGAGGUUGUGAUGUGAUGCAAACAGAAAUUUUUGCUUCAAAUCAAAACCAAAACAUCAGAUUUCAAGCUUCCAAGCUCUUUGUAACGUGGUAGCCUAGAGAAGCUGAGAGGAGAGAUGAACCAUAACUCAAAAGCUCAAGUUAUUAGGUGAAGACACGUGAAUAAUUUUAUAUUAUAUUUCUUAGGAGUAAAUAUUCAGAAUUAUAAUGUGGGGGAGAAUAUAUUUGGAGGAGGGGUUUUUUACUUUACAGAUAUAUGAAUGAUAAGCCUAGCCAGAGUCUUAUUGAUUAUCUACUGUGUUUUUCUUUGCAUUCUUCUAUUUUAAAUAAAUUUUCUGACAUUGAUUUAAUGAAAAAUUUUGGGGCAUAGUUCUAUGCAAAUGAAAAGUACGUUGUUGUG